UUGACAUCUGCCGUCUCGUUUUUCUGCUACAUUUCUGCUAGUGUUACAUAAAUAGUUGUAUUUACCGCUUAUUCGGUCGGGCAACCGAAUUGUAGACGAUAUGUGCAUGGUAGUUAAUGUCGUCAUUCGUGAACGACAGCCAAGUGUUAAAACUCGAUAAGUAUUGUAUUUUCUCGAAAGGCUCGGCAAUAUGUUUAAAAGGAGCGUGUGUUUGGCUAGAUGUAUUUAUUUACCUCGUGUAUACAUGUGUACAAACCCUUCAACAGUUAGUGAUAAUGAAAUGAGGAAAUUUAAAGAACUGGCAAACCAAUGGUGGGAUGCAAAUGGUCCUUUGAAACCUCUCCAUUCAUUCAAUUCAGUAAGAGUGCCAUUUAUUGUGAACGGUUUGAUGGCAGUUAACCGCAGUUUGAAAAUUGAAAGCAGUCUAAUCUUAAAAGAUCUGAAGAUACUAGAUGUAGGCUGCGGUGCUGGUAUUUUGUCUGAACAAAUAGCACGAAUGGGUGCGAUGACGACAGCUGUCGAUCCUUGCAGUGAUAUUAUAGCGGCAGCGCAAUCCCAUUUAGAAUUAGACGAAAACCUUAAGACUCUUACAUACCUGUGCUCUACUAUCGAAGAAAUCGCAGAGAAAGAGCCAGAGUAUUACGAUGCUGUUAUCGCUUCUGAGGUGACAGAACAUGCAACAGACUAUAAGGCGUUUGUAUCACAAUGUUGUAAAGUGCUCAAGCCUGGUGGAUCCAUUUUCAUCACGACAAUAAAUCGUACUCUUGCGUCUCGAGUAUUUGCAGUCUGGGCAGCGGAAUAUAUUUUUGGAAUCGUGCCCAAAGGAACACAUGAAUGGGAGAAAUUUAUUACACCAACAGAACUUGAAAGGAGUCUGGAAGACAACGGAUGUGUUGUAAAAAGUACACAAGGUGCUGUAUACAACACCUUAAAUAAUUCUUGGUAUUCUUGUCCAAGUCAAAGCAUUAAUUACUUUAUUCAUGCUGUAAAACAAAGAUCAUGGUAAAUAAAGAGUAUUUGUAUUAGAUUAACUGUUAAUUAUUAUCUGUGCAAUUGCAACAACUAUGGGAAUUGGCCUGUUUAAGUUUUGGGCGAUGUGAAAUAACUACAAAUUACUUAGUUCUAAAACUGCACUAUGGAGAGAGAUGAGUUGUUUGAUUGGUUUUAUAAAUCUCAAUCAACACUUAUUUAGUAUAUUUGUCUCACGACAGAUUUCAACUGGAGACACUCCAUCUUGUCCUGAUAUGAGCACCUUCCGUCAUCUGUUUGAAUGUUAUCCAUUUUUCCAAUUGUGUCCUUCAUCUCCCUCUGACUCUUUCCCAUAUUCUCUCUAUUGUUGCAGACAAUUCUCAAAUGAGAUUGUCUGCUCUUUCUAAUCACGUCCACUGAUCUUCCCUCACCCAUAUUUCCUUCAUUAGUUUUUUAUUCUUAAGUCUUUCAGUCUGUUUCACUUUAAACCACAUUUCAAAACUUUCUAAAUAUCUAUCUUUGUAACUAUCUAUGAUUCACUGCUGUAUAGCAAUAAACUCCAGACAAAUUUUGCAUAUCUUUUUCUUAUCUCUAUUGGAAUUCUGGAUGUAAGUAACUGCUUCACCUUUCCUAAUGCUCUCUUGCUCAUAGAUGCACCUCUUCUUAAGUCUUCUGUACAGCUUAUCCUGCUCAUUUCUUUUGUACAGAUUCCUUUCUACAUUAUUAGACUUACCAGUUUUAGAAAGGCUUUUGUUUGGUAUAUCUUUUUUCUGUCUAAGAAAAUGUUGGCUUUCUCUUUUGCUUAAUCCCAUCAUUUCUGUCAUUUGUAUACUUAUCUUCAUUUCACAGUCCUCACGCCCUUCUUGCAGUACUCUUUGUUAUCUGCUGUAGCUCUGCCAACAUGACUUGAUCUGAAUAUUUUAUAGUCUUUAACCUUUGUCCUCUUGAGUCCUUACCUAUCAGUUCUUGACAUAUGUUGAACAGCUGUGAUGACAGUGAGCAGCCUUGCCUUACACCCUUUCCAAUGCAUCUCUCUUUCAUGUCCUCAUACUCUACUCUGUCACUUUUUGGUUUGUGUACAUCUCUUUUUAUUAAUCUUCUAUCUUUCUGCUCUACUCCAACAUUUUUAAAUUCUCAGCAGUAUACUCCAGCUGUGUCAAAUGCCUUCUUCCAGUUGAUAAAACAAAUAAACACCAUGUUCAUUCUACUUACUAUUCAUUCUUCUAUCACACUCUGAGAGUCUCUGGCAUCUCUCGUUCCUUUAUGCUUUUUGCAUCCAAACUGGUCUCUCCCCCCCCCCCCCCCCAGCCUUUUCCUCACAUUUAUUUUCAGUUCGCCUUAGUAUAACUUGUGUUUCAGCCUUUGUAACAUGACUGAUAAAACUAAUUGUUCUUUGGUGUUAUAGCAUUCUUUUGGGUUUCAGUUUCUGUGCAAAGGUGUUACACAAUGGUCUGAAGUCAAUCUUGAGGCCAAAUUCUUGUCAUAAAUUGUAUUAAUUCUAUGUCUUUUCAUUUAUUUGAAAUAUUGUACACAACGAUUUUGAAUAAACUACUCACAACUUCUUUGUUGUACAAUGUA